CUCGCCGCGCUUCCAGCUCGGGUGAACUGUUUCUAGUACACAGCACCUAUAAGGAGGAGUAGAUGGAGCCAGGGUAAUGGAAUCAAGGAGCAAUGUGACGUACUUUGUCCUGUUGGGCCUCACACAGAAUCCAAAGGAGCAGAAAAUCCUUUUUGUUUUGUUCUUGUUCCUCUAUAUUUUGACCAUGGUGGGUAACAUGCUCAUUGUUGUGACUGUAACUUUCAGUAAGACUCUGGGCACACCAAUGUAUUUCUUUCUUGCUAGUUUAUCAUUUAUGGAUGUCAUUUAUGCUACAUCUAUUUCCCCCCAAUUGAUUUCAAACUUAUUCUUUGGGAAAAGUGUCAUAUCCUUUCAAUCCUGUAUGGUCCAGCUCUUUAUAGAGCAUUUUUUUGGUGGAUCAGAGGUCUUUCUUCUGUUGGCGAUGGCCUAUGACCGCUAUGUGGCCAUCUGUAAACCUUUGCAUUACUUGGUUAUCAUGAGGCAGUGGGUGUGUGUUGUGCUGCUGAUAGUGUCCUGGGUGGGAGGAUUUCUGCACUCAGUAGUUCAACUGAGCACUAUUUAUGGACUCCCAUUCUGUGGCCCCAAUGUCAUUGACCAUUUUUUCUGUGACAUGUACCCCUUAUUGAAACUUGUCUGUACUGACACCUAUGUCAUUGGCCUCUUAGUGGCGGCCAAUGGGGGAGUCAUCUGUUCUAUUGUGUUUCUGCUUUUGCUUAUCUCUUAUAUUGUCAUCUUACACUCACUCAAGAACCUGAGUCAGGAAGGGAGGCGGAAAGCCCUCCAAACCUGUGGUUCCCACAUCACUGUGGUUGUCUUCUUCUUUGUUCCCUGCAUUUUCAUGUAUGGGAGGCCUGCAAAGACCUUCCCUAUUGACAAAUCACUGAGUGUGUUUUAUACAGUCAUUACACCCAUGCUGAACCCACUAAUCUACACUCUGAGAAAUUCAGAGAUGACAAAUGCUAUGAAGAAGCUCUGGAAAAGAACAGUCAUUUCAGGUAGUAAAUAA